GUUUCAACAAAAGCUUAAGCAUCAAGCCAACAAUUUAUGAAACAGAAUGUGUACCGAACGAACGGUAAAAGUUGUGACUAGUAAACCUCAGAAAAUUCGCAAAGAACAAGAAAAGGGGCAUAUGAGAAAGAGUAGAUUUGAUGCAAUCAUAAAGAAAAUAUAAUAACACCGAGAGCACUUUCCUAAAUACUUUCAUUCAACUUCAAACAAUUCUCUUCCAUGCAUAAAUACAAUGCAUAAGCAUGGGAAUGUAUAUGCGUAUGAACUGAAGUUUGUUUGAUUUCAUUUAUCAAUGGCUAAAGCCAGAAAGCCAAGUAGUUUAUUUCUCGUUCUUGGUCUAGUGGUGGCUUUUAUUUGGAAGGAAAGGUAUGCAUGUGCUGAAAAUGAUGGGUAUUUAUCAGCAGUUGGGGAUCCAGGAAUGAGCAGAGAUGGCUUGAGGUUGGCAAUAGAGGCGUGGAACCAGUGCAAUGAGGUUGGAGAAGAGGUUCCACACAGGGGCAGCCCCAGAGCAGCAGAUUGCUUUGACAUAUAUAAGGCUUCUCAAUCCGAAGAAGGCAAGCUAUUUUAUCCUUCCAAUUUAGCCAUUCAAGUCACAGAGGAUGAUAACAAACUAAGAGUUGGAGACCCUUUUCUUGGAGUGCAACCAAAUGCCCUUGUUGAUGUAAACCUGUAUGCUGCAAACAAGGAAAUAUACCUAGGCUAUAAAUGCCAAGUUCAAGACACCCCAAAUCCAUGGCAUUUUUGGAUGAUCAUGCUUAAGAGUGGCAACAUGGAUACUUUUGCUGCCAAGUGCCCCAAAAAUGGCCAUAAAACAGGAGCAUUUGGUCCUGAUAGUGGGUUCCCAUGCUUUGGAGAAGGAUGCAUGAAUCAACCAUUGAUUUAUCAUGACUACACGACGCUGGGAGGGCCUAAUUGGACUACUCUAAGAGGAAAAUUUUAUGGAUCAUGGGACUUGGAUGCUGAUUGGAGUAAAGGAUUAGGGAACGCAUCUUACUAUUCCGUAACUUGGGAGAAGGAAAUUGGUAUGGGAAGCUGGAUCUUUCAUCAUGUCUUGAAGACUUCAAUAAAGUAUCCUUGGUUGAUGCUUUACUUGAGAUCUGAUGCCACAUAUGGAUUAUCUGGUGGAUACCAUUAUCCAACUAGAGGGAUGUCCAAAAUUAUUCCAGAGUCACCAAAUUUUAAAGUAAGGUUCACCUUAAAUGUAAUCAAAGGUGGGGGUCCCAGCAGCCAGUUCUACCUAAUAGACAUAGGGAGCUGCUGGAAGAACAAUGGCCAGCAAUGUGAUGGCGAUACAACUUCAGAUGUCACCCGGUACUGUGAAAUGAUCAUAAAUCCGAACAUAAGUGCAUGGUGCAAUGCAAACAGCCUCAAUAUGUGCCCGCCUUACCACACCUUCCCCAAUGGCACACGUGUGCAUCGCAGUGAAACAACCAAUUUUCCUUAUGCAGCCUAUCACUUGUAUUGUGCUCCAGGGAAUGCACAGCAGCUAGAGGUUCCUUAUAGUUUGUGUGAUCCAUACAGCAAUCCUCAACCUCAGGAAAUAUUACAGAUUUUGCCUCACCCCGUUUGGGGUGAAUAUGGAUACCCUACUAAGCAAGGGGAAGGUUGGAUUGGCGAUCCAAGAACAUGGGUACUUGAUGUUGGGAGGCUGUCUCAGUCGCUAUAUUUUUACCAGGAUCCGGGUACUCCACCAGCUAGAAGGAAAUGGAUGUCCGUUGAUUUGGGAACUGAAAUAUUUAAAGACCCUGAUCAAAUAGCUGAAUGGACCGUUACUGAUUUUGACAUCCUUGUACCUAAGCAAUGAUGGUGGUGCAAUGAGAAGAGACUAGCUUCAAGCACAAACAAUGAAGUUUGAAGCCUUCAACUCAAAGGGAUUCUUUUUCUCUGUAAUGUGUAUUUACAAUGAUUUUGUUGUCGAAAAAUGUAGAAAGAUUACGUGGGAAUUUUUUGUUUCUUUUUUUCCCCCUUUCGGCCAACCGGAGAAACUAGAAUGUCUACUUUUUUUUCUUGCCAUUGUUGUUGGACUUAAACUCCGUCUCUCUUCUCAUUGUUGCCAUUGUUUUUGUAUUCCUGGGGCUAUAAUCUAACCAAGCAGGAACAUUCAACGCUCCUUUCAAGACUGUUAUCACCAUUGACGUUGUGAAACCACAUUGGAAACACCAAUUGGGAACCCUUAACAUCUUCACUGCUUCCGACCUGAGUAGUUUCACAUGCAUGCACCCUCCUCAUAAUACAACUUUUCAAACAUCACAUCAAUGAGCUGAUCCUCCUUUGCUUAUU